AUGUGUAGAUGGAAAUGGGGCUUUGCCAUUGGCCUCCAGGUGAGGUUGAGGCGACAGGACACAGCACCGGUUCUUUGCUUUGCAUACACAAGUGAUGUGGACAAGAAACUGAGCUUCCUCAACUCCAGAAGGACGACAGAUGAACCGGACAGCAUCCAGGGCUUGAGUCGCGAUCUUGACGCGGUGAAAUACGAUGUGGGUGAGUUGAAGGACCUCUUGAACGGCGCAAAGGGCGACACGGCCCAGGUGAAACGCAUCGUCCUGGCCUGCGAACGGGACAUGGAGGACUUUACCGCUGCGAUGGACGCCGUCAACGUGGACCUGGAUGAAAUGCGCGCGCGUGUUGACUCAACUCACUCCAUCAUCACAUCGCGACAGCGGGUGGAGGCCACCGUGACGGCAGAAAUCUCUACGAUGCGUUUGGACAUGGGAGACAUGCAGGAGGCCCUGAAAGCUCACGAUGCGUGGAUGGAGGAUGUGUCGCAGAGCUUGCAAGAGGUGCACGAGCGCUGCGAGUACCUCAACAUGGAGAUUUCUGGGGUGAAUCAGAACUUCCAGGCCAAACUUGAUGCGAAAACAGACAUUGCCAGUUGGAACGACAUGAAUGAUGACAUUGAUGCCUCCAUUCGAACGGUCAGGGACAUGGCAUCAUCUCUGCGCUUGGAGGUGGAUAGCCGCCGGCGCCGUGUGGAUGAGGAUUUACUUCGUAUGCGCUCCGAAGUCUCCAGUUUGGACGAGAAGAUCAACAGCAAAACCGUGGACAUUUUGCGUGAAAGCAGUGAAAACAAUAACGCCUUGAGCAGACGAUUGGACGAACGCCAAGAGCAUUGCAAUUCUUUGGAGGCCAUGAUUGUACAACAUCGACAGACCAGCCAAGAGAUGCAGGGCAAGAUAGAUGUCCAGAAAGAAGAGAUGGAGUCGCGCAUCAGUUCAGUGCAUUCGGCCAUGGCGAAGCAGGGAGAGGACUUGCAGAGAUCAACCUCGGAGCGAAUGGAAUCCCUGGAGCAGCAGCAGAACAAGGGUAGCAAGGACAGCCAGAAGCACCUGAAUGCCAUGGACUUACGCCUUGCAGCGUUGCAAGGAGCCACCGGCGAGUGCAAGCGUGACAUUGGGAAGAUGCGAGACGAGGUGAACAGCCUCACUGUGAAGAGUGCGGCUCACGAUGUGGACGUGGCCAAAAACAGCGAUGACAUUCGGAAGCUGGAACGUCAACGUGUGGAAGAUGAUCAGCGCCAUAAACAGGAGUUUGACGGCAUCUACGAUGAAUUGGAUCAGAUGCUUGGAUGGGGUGGAUGGGAUGGUGAGGUUGCAAAGUUACCACAUCGAAUGCUGACUGAGGUCAGUUUGAGUUUCGAAGAGAUCGAUCAUUUGCAAACGACCUUGGCUGUGAUCCAAAGUCGUCGCUACAUCAACAAUGUGAAAAGGCCUUGGUUGGACGAAGACGGCAACCCAAUGUGGGGCGAGUGGCGCACAUGGGCGGCCAAGGUGGUUUUCUCCCAAGCCUUCGAGACCUGUAUGGGUGCCUUGGUAGGGGCCGAGGCGGAUCAGGAUGCUCAGUGCUAUCCUGAAUGGGCCGACAAAUAUGCUCAGUGCCCAAAUCGCUCUGAGGAAAGCAUCGUACGUGCCUAUGUUGAGCGAAAUCGCUUUUGCUGCAAUCCCUGGAAUGUGACUGACCUGAUGAUCGUAAUUUUGGGCUGGGCUUCUAUAGCUUUGAGCACGCUGAAUCUGAGCCUGCUUCGUUUAUCACGCUUGGUUCGAGUGCUUCGUGCCGCGCGUGUUUUCAUUUCGGUGCCAGAGUUCUAUCUGCUGGUGUCGGGCUUGUUUUCAUCCUUCAAGGCUAUCGUAUUUGGCUCCAUGAUUUUGGUGUCCGUCAUCGGCUUUUGGGCGGUGGUCGCGGUGGAAGCCUUUCAUCCGGUGGUCUCCAGCUUGUCCUUUGCUGGCUGCCAGCGAUGUGACAUGAGCUUCAGAAGUGUGACAUCUGCCGGUGUGACGCUCUUUCAACAAAUCGUGGCAGGACAGAAGUUCUUCAUCGUCUCAAAAACAUGGAAGGAAGCGAAACAACCGAAUCUAAAGUAA